CCGUCGCGCCCGCCCUGCCGGGGCCCCCUUUCCCCGCUCGGCCGGCGGCGCCGCUGGUAGAAGAAGUGCGAGCGGAGGAGCGGCCAGCAAGGGCUCGGCUGCCCAGGCGAGGGAAGAAAGGCGGCCGGGGAGGAGGGCGGGCGGGCGGGCGGGGAGCGGAGCCCCCAUGGCCGCCGAGGAAGUCAGCGGGGGCGCCCGGAAGGCCACCAAGAGCAAACUUUUCGAGUUUCUAGUCCACGGGGUGCGCCCUGGGAUGCCCUCCGGUGCUCGCAUGCCCCACCAGGGGGCCCCCAUGGGACCCCCGGGCGCCCCCUACGUCGGAAGCGCCUCGGUGCGUCCCGGGAUGCCGCCGGCGGUGACGGAGCCCACGCGCAAGAGGGCGGCCCCCCAGCCCCAGCCGCCGCCCCCGGCCCAGGCCCAGCCGCAGGCCCAGCCGCCACCGCCACCGCAGGCCCAGCAGCAGCAGCAGCAGCAGGCCCAGGGCGCCGCCCCGCAGAACCGGUCCCGGAGUGCCAAGCGGAGGAAAAUGGCGGACAAAAUCCUCCCUCAGAGG